AUGACUACGGCUGCCCAGCAGCACCUGCAGCUACAGAAUCAACUGGCUGCCGAGACUUUCGAUCCUGAUGAAGUUCUUCCACGAGGCAGUCCUCUCAUGAAAGCGCUGCACCCGAAGCUCGAGCUCUCCCCCAGUCCACCCCCGGACAUUCCUCCCGCACAAGUCAGUCUUAGUCCUCCUCCCAUCGACGGCUUUCCAAGGUCUAAUCGCCCAAAGAUUCGCCCCAGCUCCGGGGAUGCCGUUCUCGUGGCAUAUCUCGACAACGGUCGCCGCCCAGAGAUUGCUCGUGCCGCUGGCUAUCGAGCGCUUCCUGGCGCCGACGAGGAGGAAGAAGACGGUCUCCUUGGAGACCCUUCUUCCCCGAGACGAGUUGGAGGAUCGCCAGUAUAUGCUCGAAGUAGCGGUAGCGUACCGCAGUCUCUGGGUGCCAUGACAAGUCCUAGACUCCAGCAUCUUGCGGCUGAUGCUCUCCAGGCUGUCACAACAGAUCCUGUGCGUGCCUCCGUACCAAGGGAGACGCCAGAUAUCGCAUUUUCAACCCGACACUUAUCAAUAAGCGAUGACCGACCACACAACACCACAUAUCAUUUGUCCUCUGGGGAUCCAUCGAAACAAAACGCAACAUCCAACAGCGUAAACAAAUCUCCCAUCACCAUGCUCACGCCAGCUAGCGGCGGCUUGCCGCCUCUACAGAUGGAUUCCCCAAAAUCCGAAUGCAAUGGUCAUAUUCUCCCAUCCAUACGGUCUACACUUGGCGAUAUCAAUCGCAUCCCUUCCGAGCCACCAACCCCAGCCGACAAGGAUAUGCCGACUCUGCACGGAUCCAGCGCCCACUUCUCCCGAUCCCCCCCAGGGACUAUGAGACGCCUGCCCCCGAUGUCCGCACCACAUGUUUCUCCUCCCAUCUCUCCGAAUGAGCCUUACCAACUCAGCCUGCCGUCACCAAGGUCUUUACCUGCAUCCAGUCCGUACAGCGGUUACACUUCCAACGGACUCAACCAUCGGCCAAACACAGAGUAUGUGUCGAGCGCUUGUGGUGAAACACCUAGCACCGACCAAUCUGCCCUAACGCCAUCAACAACCACUUCCGUGGUGGACCGAAUGAGCAUUGACGGUAUAACUAAUCCACCCGUUGGAUUAUAUGCUUGCAACUUUGCGGGAUGCACCGCGCAGCCAUUCCAAACUCAAUAUUUGCUCAACUCUCACGCUAAUGUACAUUCAUCGGCUCGCCCACAUUAUUGCCCUGUCCAAGGAUGUCCUCGGAGCGAGGGCGGCAAAGGCUUUAAGCGAAAGAACGAAAUGAUACGGCACGGUUUAGUCCACGAUUCACCGGGCUAUGUGUGCCCGUUCUGUCCUGAACGGGAACAUAAGUACCCGCGACCUGAUAAUUUACAACGGUCGGUACUUUUCACUUACCUAAAUAUGAGGAUAUAA